CGUUCUUCCUGUCCAGGUGUCGGAACUCGGAACCUCUCGGGGUAGCCGGGUAGGCGAAGCGCUCCAUGAUUCUUCUUUUCUUUAGAUCAUGGAACGGCUCCAUGCUUCCAGUCGCAGCGCGCGUCAGCCGAACCUUCUCGCGCAUGCCUCUACAGCUUCCACCUCAGUCUCGCGCACGCUGAGCGGAAUCGCACGCGAUUUCUGGCUCUCGCUGUCAGCCUGCCAUUUGAGCGUUGGUUCCAGCGCAGCGCAGGGGGGAUUUUCCGUCUUGCCUCACUCCUAUUUCAGUUUGGAUGUUGGAAUGCAGAUGGUGAUACGAGGUCACGCUCGGUUUGCUUGCUUGCUUCCGCACGGGACACGACAGUGCUGCGAUUAUCUCCGUCGGGUGAUCUGUGCAUGGACUUUUCUGGUAGCUGCCAUGUCAAGUUAGAUUUGGAACGUUACAAUGUCUAGGGGUGCUGCAAUUUUGCGACGGUCAUGCCAAGCAGCAACUACACAGAGUCGCAGAGAGGCAUCUCCAGAGCAAUGUUCACAUUUUGGUGUUCCUUGGAGAUGGUUCAGCUGUGCUGAGCACACUAAAAAGCCACGCAUUGGUGCACCAGACCAGAUAAAUUCUGGAGAUCAGUACUCUUCUGUUAGCAUUGCUGCAAAAAGAAGCACACCACAUCGUACAAAUUUUGUAGAGAAUUGUUGGUUGUUUACAUCAAAGCACCACUACAAUCAAUCACUGGGAUUCUCAGGUGUUCCAAGCCUUCAUCGCAUGUGUUCCUCAUAUACUAGGACUAAACCAGAAGGUGCUGAAAAUUCUGUAUUAAAAGUGUCUUCUCCAGGAACUUCUGAAGUUGACACCUCAGUUGAUGGUGGGAACACCUGGAUUGAUAUGUCAGAAAAUGCUUAUUGUUCUGCUAUGCAUGCUAGCACCUCUGCAGGCAAGAAAUUGAAGGAUCUGAAUGAUGCAAUUGCACUUCAUGUCCAAGAGUUAUUUAGUAAUCAUGCAGACCUAGAGAAGGUAGUUGUUCCAGUCGGCGGGACACUGAUUGGUGCAGCAAUGGCAUGGUUUGUAAUGCCUAUUGUUCUAAGGAAGCUCCACAAGUAUGCAUCAGCAGGCCCUCUCAUGACAAUCUGGGGAGACUCUACUAAGAAAGAUAUGUCCUAUCAAACAAGCUUGUGGAGUGCAAUGGAGGAUCCUGCAAAAUAUAUCAUCACGUUUAUGGCAUUUUCUCAGAUGGCUGUAGUUAUUGCACCAAGCAUUUCAGAUUUUCUUCCACAGGCAUGGAAGGGGGCAUUUGUCGUAUCUUUUGUGUGGUUCCUUCACAGAUGGAAAACUAACUUCAUUGCCAAUGCUAUGGCCAAACAAGCUUCUAUAGCAACUGACCGUGAAAGAUUGUCAGCAUUUGAUAAGGUGUCAUCGUUAGGACUAAUUGCACUUGGAGUUGUAGCUCUUGCUGAAGCUUGUGGGGUACCUGUGCAGUCGAUAUUAACAGUUGGUGGUGUUGGAGGUGUUGCUACUGCUUUUGCUGCUAGAGAUAUCCUUGGUAACAUCCUGAGUGGAUUCUCUUUACAAUUUUCAAGGCCCUUCUCAGUUGGAGACUACAUCAAGGCUGGGUCAAUAGAAGGGCAAGUCGUUGAAAUUGGACUGACUUCUACUUCGCUGAUAAAUACUGAAAAGCUCCCCGUUGUAGUUCCAAAUUCCCUAUUCUCCAGCCAAAUGAUAGUGAACAAAUCGAGGGCCCAGUGGCAUGUUAGCGUGUCCAAACUUCCUUUAAGAACUGAAGACAUUGAAAAGAUUCCUACUAUAACAGAGGAGAUAAAAGCAAUGCUGGUGUCCAACCCAAAAAUUGAUGCUCCUUACUGCUAUCUCUCGCGAUUAGAAGGUUCACAUGGAGAGCUUACAAUUGGCUGCAACAUCAAAAGCACGAAAACAGAGGAAUGGUCGUCUAUAGAACAAGAGAUUCUUCUGAAAGCUGCCGGCAUCAUGAAGCGACAUCAACUUUGGACUGCCGCGUGAAUCAAUAGCGUGUGUGAUAGUUUCAGAAGACCAAAAGACUCUGGCAUGAUCUGAUGCUCAUAUGGAAGGGAGGACGUGUAAAUAUUCCUUCUUCUUUCAUCUAUCCUACUGUAUAUAAGGAAUAAAAGACAAAAGUGAGGUAUGAAUUACCUAUACAAUUUGUUCUAAGUAUGUGAUAAUUACAGUUGGUUGA